GCCCUCACUGCAUAUUUUGAACCAGAAAAAAAUCGAAUCUAUCAAACAUAUAUGUUUAGACAAGCAUCUCAACAAGAUAAUGAAACCAUCGACGAAUUUCACACACGCUUGAGACGAUUAGCAAAACAUUGUGAGUUCGUGGAUGUUGAAUUCGAAAUCAAAAUGCAAAUUGUGUGCAACGGUACAUCCUCGAGACUGCGUAAGAAAGCGUUAAAAGAAAGCAAUUAUUCACUCAAAGAUAUGUUGAUCGAUGGUCGAAAAUCAGAAACCUGCAGUGCACAAGCCAGUGGCAUGGAAGAAAAAUUUAAGGAUGUACAACUUAAUCAAGUUGAGAGAAAACCUGCUCAAUCUAAGUGCUAUAACUGUGGAUUUGCUUACCCUCAUUUGGAUCGUCCUUGUCCGGCCGAAAAUUCAACUUGUAACUCGUGUGGCAUACUUGGUCAUUUCUCUAGAGUGUGUCGAAAGAAAGAAUCGCGUCGUUUUUCCAAGCCACAAAUAGCACAAGAAUCGCCUCGACAACGAGAACAACCAAAAGACCCGUUUAAAUCCGAAUCCACGAGAAACAAGCGAAGAAAUCGUGUACGGGCUGUCAACAAACAUCUCGAUUCAUCGACGGAGACCAGUUCUGAGGAAGAUUAUGUUUAUACUGUGGAAAACAAAAGCGACCCAAAGACGAGAGCAAAAAUACGAGUUAAUUCUGUUGAAAUCAAUUUCAUUGUUGACACGGGAGCGACAGUUGACGUUAUCGACUCCAAAACCUAUGAUCGCCUCAAAUCCAGCGUCAAAUUAUGCAAAAGUACGACCAAGAUAUUCGCUUAUGGUUCAACCAAACCACUACCUCUUAAAGGUGAAUUUCAGGCAACGGUAGAAUCGAACAAACGUUAUACUGUUUCUGUUAUUCACGUUGUCGAAGGCGGCUCUGGAAAUCUACUUAGUGCGAAAACCGCUCAAGAUUUGGCAUUAAUUCAAUUAGUAAACAAGGUCACGGAACUUGAAACGCCGCCGAAACCGGAACUUUCUAAACCGGAAACUCAGCCCAUACUGCCCGGAAACACGGAGAACACGGAUAAACAGCAGCCAAUGCCUCAUGCAUCGACGCCAAAAUGCGAAGACCAAGAGAUCCAGAAGAUUAUUGAUAAAUACGCAACUGUUUUCGUUGGUGAAGGGAAAUUGAACACUCAACAAGUCGGGUUACAUAUUAAUGAGAAUAUUAAACCAGUGGUUCAACCGCAGCGUCGUAUACCAUACCAUAUACGCAAUGACGUAUCAAAGGCGUUGCAGAAAUUGGUUGUGGAAGAUAUGAUCGAAAAAGUCUGUGACCAACCUACCCCGUGGAUUUCGCCAAUUGUGUGUACCCCAAAGAAGGACGGUGGAACACGAAUCUGUGUUGACAUGAGAGCAGCCAACCAAGCGAUUAAGCGAGAAAGACACAUUAUGCCAACGCUUUCUGAUUUCCGUGCGGAAAUGAAUGGAUCAAAAUAUUUUUCAAAAAUUGAUCUCAAACAGGCGUACCAUCAACUGGAAUUGAAAGAAGAAAGUCGGUACAUAACUACAUUCUCGACGCACGAAGGCCUAUUUCGCUACAAACGACUGAACUACGGAACGAACAGUGCGCCAGAAAUUUUUCAGAACAUUUUGCAACAAAAUCUUAGUGACAUUCGUGGAGUAAAGAAUAUUGCAGAUGACAUCAUUGUUCACGGGAAAACGCGAAAGCAACAUGACGAAUCAUUAGAGAACUGUUUGAAACGACUAGCUCAACUCAACUUAAAAGCGAAACCCGAGAAGUGUAGUUUCCUGCGCAAAGAGAUUAAUUUCUACGGUUUAAUUUUUACGGCAAAUGGAACAAGACCAGAUCCAGCAAGAAUUGACAACUUAGUCAGAGUCAGCGCUCCAAAGAAUGCCAGCGAAGUACGUAGUUUCUUGGGUUUGGCGAACACGUGUCGUGAGUAUGUUCCAGAGUACGCCGUAAUUACUACACCAUUGCGGGAUCUCACAAAGAAAAGUGUUGCUUUCACUUGGAACCACACCCACCAAAGAGCCUUUGAGCAGAUUAAAAAGAAACUGACACAUGCCCCUACCAUGGCAUACUUUGAUACCGAGAAGAGAAGCUUGCUUAUUGUUGAUGGAUCCCCUCUCGGAAUUUGUGCUAUUUUAGCCCAACGUGAGAAGUCAGGAGAGUCGUAUCGCAUUAUCUCCUACGCCAGCAGAGCCCUGUCUCCAGUCGAAAGUCGAUAUUCACAGACUGACAUCGAAGGGUUGAGCCUAGUGUGGGGGAUAGAACAUUUCCGACUGUUUCUCCUGGGUACUGAAUUCGAUGUUUAUACUGACCACAAAGCUCUGGAAGCAAUCUUCAAUAAUCCAAGAUCAAAACCCCCAGCUCGUAUUGAACGCUGGAUGCUACGACUGCAACCGUAUAACUUCCGUGUGAUUUACAAGAAAGGAACAGUUAAUGAAGCCGAUUACCUGAGCCGUCAUCCUACCACCACUCAACGAAAAACUACAAUCGAAGAAAAGAUUGCAGAUAAUUAUGUGAACUACAUCAUUAACAAUGCUGUACCGAAGUCAAUGACACUUCAAGAAAUCAAGGAAGCCACCUUGUCGGACACCAUUCUAAAGAAAGUUUUAGAAUGCUUGAAAUCGGGGAAAUGGGAGGAGGAGGAUGUGGAACUGAAAGCUUAUCAAAUGUGCGCGGAAGAACUAACAGCAACGAAAGCAGGAGACCUUCUUCUCAAGGGGAGCAGAAUUGUUAUACCAAAAGCGCUACAAGACCGUGCGACGCAACUCGGACAUGUCGGACACCAAGGAAUAGAAAAGACUAAGGCGUUAUUGAGAGAAAAAAUAUGGUAUCCUGGAAUGGAUGGUAAAGUAAAGACCCUCGUUGAAAACUGUGUUGCCUGUCAAGCUGUUGGUCCAAGUAAUCCUCCUGAACCUAUGAGAAUCACUCCUACAGCGACGGAGCCAUGGCAAAGCUUAGCAAUCGAUUUUUAUGGUCCUAUACCACACAGUGGACAAUACUUACUUGUCGUGACUGACACAUACUCUAAGUUUCCAGAAGUAGAAAUUGUUACGUCAACUUCAGCGAAAGCCUGCAUCCCGAAGUUAGACUGCAUAUUUGCAACUCAUGGUAUACCGAAAAAGAUUAAAACUGAUAAUGGACCACCUUUUAAUGGGAAUGAUUUUAAAAGAUACAUGGCUGCCUUAGGAAUUGAGUGGAAAACAAGCACUCCGUUGUGGCCCCAAGGCAAUGGAAAUGCCGAAAGUGUGAUGAAACCGUUAGGAAAAGUGAUAAAAACUUCCAUGUUAGAGGGAAAGAAUUGGAGACAAGAACUUCAAAGAUUUCUAUUAAAUUACCGCUCAACACCGCAUGCCACUACAAAGAUACCUCCAUGUGAACUACUAUUUAAUCGAAAGGUGCAAGGAAGUCUACCCGAGCUGUCAACACAAAAUGUCGUAAACAAGCACCAAAAGGCAAAGGAAAACAUUGACAAGAAGAAGAUCAGUAAUAAGCAGUACUACGAUGCCAAGAAAAACACCAAGACAUCCAAGAUCAAGGAAGGGGACAUUGUUAUUUGUAAACAGAAACCAAACAACAAGUUAUCUCCAAGAUUCAAUCCCGAGCGAUUUACGAUCGUGGAGAGGAAAGGCGCAACAGCUACGGCACGAAAUGGCAGACGCACCAUCACGCGUAAUGUAACUCAUUUCAAAGUAGUUAAACCUGUAGACGAACAAAGUAGUGAUGUAGAGAAGUCAACUACUGUGGAAGAUGUACAGGACAACAGGGUCGGAGAUGAUAUGCAGGACUUUAUAGAAGAAAGUCACCCGAUAGCAAGAAGAUCAACGAGAAAUCAACGACCUGUAAAUAGAUUUGGUCACUCAAUACCAUCGGGACUUAUUUCAUAA